CUCCGCGCGUCGCUCCGCCUUAUAAAUUUCAUAACAUCAAAGGAAAGAACUGCUCAAAGGCAGUUUGUUGGUAGAGGCGACCGGUUACUAAGGGACAGUGUUUUAAACUAUCAGUUCUCUCAGACGAGGGCCGCUUCGACUUGCACAAUGGGCGUAAAAGUCCACAUCAUUUACUGCGGUGGAUGAGGGUACAGGCCCAAGUUCACCAAACUCAAGACUUUGCUUGAGGAUGAGUUCCCAGGCGAGCUUGAGAUCACUGGUGAGAGCACACCCACAACAACAGGGUGGUUUGAGGUUGAGGUGAAUGGCAAGCUAGUCCACUCCAAAAAGAGAGGGGAGGGCUUUGUGGACAGCGAGCAGAAGAUGGCCGUGGUUGUUGGUGCCAUAGAUAAGGCCCUGGGGAAUUGAGCUGCCGUUUGGCACGGAGUCCGGACUCUCAGUAUGUCAUUCUCUCUGGCGUGGCGGUUGAUGAUGGUUGCGCCUGAAGUGUCAGAUGACACGGGCGUGGCUUGAUAGUACUCGCUCUGCCUGGGAGACGCCACACGGGAGGGUCCGCACUCCUAUGAGUUUACUGCAUGUUAUUCAGGGGGUGGAGAACUUAAAAGGGAAACAAUAGCUUAUUUGAAAAGGAAAUGUCAUUUAAGAAGACCGAGGAACCCUCAGGAAAGGAUUAAAUAUUCGGCAAGGGAUGAACAGGCUGUACUUUCAUUCUGACUGGUUGGCAAAAUAUACUGAAUACUGGAAGCUUCAUUAAUCUCCCUAGUGCUCAUUGUGGAUUGGCCAGACUUCUGGAGUAAAACGAGCUGUUAAAAAAAAAAAAAGCUUCAUCAGCAUCAGGUGGAUCAACUUUAUGCUUUGUUCAGCCUUCCCUUCCAAAUAUUCAGUUCUCAAAUUUACAGUUUAGUUUUCUUCUGCAUUAUUGCAUUUAGCUUUACAGGUUUCCAGCUAUUUCUCAACUGGUGAAAACAUAAUAUGUUGCAGUUAAAACUUACAACAUGUUAAUGUUUUAAUAAAGUUUAUUUGUC